UUAAAUAAGCUUGAACAUUCAAUCGCUAGUUUAUUUUGAUACAUAAGACCAGGAGGGUCGGGAUUUUUAAUUCUAAACAAGGAAAUAUCACACCAAACUAAUAAAAUGGAUGCAGAUGAUGUUGCUGCUUUGGUUGUAGACAAUGGAUCCGGUAUGUGCAAGGCUGGAUUUGCCGGCGACGACGCCCCAAGAGCCGUAUUUCCAUCUAUUGUUGGCCGACCCAGACAUCAGGGUGUGAUGGUCGGUAUGGGGCAGAAAGACAGCUAUGUCGGUGACGAGGCCCAAAGCAAGAGAGGUAUCCUAACAUUGAAAUACCCAAUCGAACACGGUAUUGUCACUAACUGGGACGAUAUGGAGAAAAUCUGGCAUCACACGUUCUACAAUGAACUCCGUGUGGCCCCGGAGGAACACCCUGUACUUCUAACUGAGGCCCCGCUCAACCCCAAGGCUAACAGAGAAAAGAUGACCCAAAUCAUGUUUGAAACAUUCAACAGCCCAGCCAUGUACGUCGCCAUUCAGGCUGUACUGUCACUGUAUGCUUCCGGUCGAACCACGGGUAUAGUGAUGGACUCUGGUGAUGGUGUUUCGCACACAGUACCAAUCUAUGAAGGCUACGCCCUUCCCCAUGCUAUUAUUAGAUUAGAUCUUGCCGGUAGAGAUCUCACUGACUAUCUCAUGAAAAUUCUUACGGAGCGUGGUUAUUCUUUCACCACCACUGCUGAAAGAGAAAUUGUAAGAGACAUUAAAGAAAAGUUAUGCUAUGUUGCACUAGACUUUGAACAGGAAAUGCAGACCGCUGCUUCAUCCAGCUCACUGGAGAAAAGCUAUGAGCUCCCUGACGGUCAGGUCAUCACCAUUGGCAACGAGCGUUUCCGUUGCCCAGAGGCCAUGUUCCAGCCAUCUUUCCUUGGUAUGGAAUCCUCAGGUAUCCAUGAAACAACGUACAACAGUAUCAUGAAGUGUGACGUCGACAUUCGUAAGGAUUUGUACGCAAACACCGUGCUAUCCGGCGGUUCCACAAUGUACCCAGGUAUUGCUGAUCGUAUGCAGAAGGAAAUCACUCAGCUUGCUCCUCCAACCAUGAAGAUCAAGAUCAUUGCUCCACCAGAGAGGAAAUACUCUGUAUGGAUCGGUGGAUCUAUCCUGGCAUCACUGUCCACCUUCCAACAGAUGUGGAUCAGUAAACAAGAAUAUGACGAAUCUGGACCCUCCAUCGUACACAGAAAAUGUUUCUAGAUUUACAAUUAUGUCACUUAUCCAAAUAACUUUCUAGCUAAAGUGCAGUAAAAUUACUUCGUGCUUUCCAGUUGUUACAUACAUUUUGAUACGCACGCAUUACCGUUUAAUAAAUGAAUAAUGUUA